AUGGGUCGCGAGCGCGAUAGCCGACAGGCGUGGGACGAGCCCGACCGACGAAGUCAACGCGGCGGCGGUGGCGGCCCCCGAGGCCGAGAUCGCGACAGCUUCAGGGACCGAGACCGCGACGGCAGAAGGGACGACCGCGACAAGAGAUACAGAUCCAGGUCCCGCGACCGGCGCGAUACCAGAGAUCACCGUGCCAGGUCCAGAGACCGCGAGAGGGAUCGUCCGCGCGACGACCGCGAUGGAGGAAGGCCGCCUCGCAGAGAGCGUGGCGGGUGGCAGGGCAGAGACGACAGACGUCGCAGAGAUGAGGACGUCCCCGACGAGAGGCCGCCUAAGCGGAACGAUGAUGACGAAGGUCGCAACACGCCGCGCGACAAAACCCGCAGACGGUCUGCCUCCCCCCGUCGAAGCGGCAGCCCGCCCGCCGCCCGCCGCGACCUGGCCGGCAACACCGAGACCCUGCCCACACGCACUGCGCCCAGAGGGAAGAAGGAGCAACACACCAUGUCCUUUAAGGUCGGACGCCACGAGUCGCCGCAGGUCGACAGCGGACGCAACAGCGAGCGCGGCGACACGCCGAUGACGAACGGAGGACGGGAUGAACGCCGCGGCAAUGGAAAUGGCGACGGCGACGACGUCGAAGAUGACGAGCCUGAGCCUGAGGUCGAGGACGACGACAUGGCGGCCAUGCAGGCGAUGCUGGGCUUCGGCGGCUUCGGCACGACCAAGAACCAGAAGAUUGCGGGGAACAACGUCGGCGGUGUGAGGAAGGAAAAGAAGACGGAGUAUCGCCAGUACAUGAACCGGCAAGGCGGAUUCAACCGACCGCUGAGUCCGUCUAGGUGA